AUGGCCGUUUCGGAUCGUGCGUUGGAACUCAGCUGUAACUUUUGGGACACGUCCGUUGUGUAUGGAUUUUGGGAAUUCGAGAAACUUCUUGGCCGGUACUUUGCUUCAAGAAGGAUUCGUGACAAGGUUUUCCUGUGCAGCAAGUUCGUUAUUCUCCUUGAUGAAAAAACGGAUUUGUCCCUUAAACGUCCCACUGUGGAUAUCAUCUAUUUGUAUUAUCAACGUUGCCCGGAUCCUAGCACUCCCAUUGAAGAAACGAUGAAGGCAUUGGUAGAAUUAGACAAUGAAAUUCGGUAUAUUGGGCUGUUGGAGGGGUUUUACACAGGAACUAGCAUCGAAUUCUCGCCUUGGGCACUGGAUGUUGAGGCAAAUGAUACGCUUAAAACUACAAGGGAGCUGGGAGUAUCUAUUGCCACAUACAGUAGUUCUCCUCUUGGUCGCGGUUUCCCAAUGGGAUCCAUAAAAUCGUCAGACGAUCUUGGCCGAAAUGAUUGGCGUAAAACAAGUCCACGUUUCCUCGCUGAGAAAUCCCACAAAGAUCUAGAAAUUUAA